GCACAGUGCUGCUGUUGGUUGCUCUGCCCAUUGCUCUGCCAAUUGCUCUGCCCGAAACCCGUUCUCGCUCUGUUGCGCACCAGGGGAGUCGACUCGACGCGCGGGAAUCGACACCAACAUGGCCUCGAAAGAGUCCGCCGACGGGGCUCCGCCCUUGGCCCACGCAACCGUGGACGGCAAGGAGAGGCAGCACGCCCAGGAGAAGGACCAGGCCCAGACGGCGCGCCUCGAGGUCAAGAACCGUGUUAUCCAGGGUGCAAAGGCCGCCACGGAAAAGGAACAGAGUAUGAGCCUGCUCGAGGGCAUACGCCUCUAUCCGAAGUCCUUAGCCUGGAGCGCCCUCAUCUCCACGUGCAUUGUGAUGGAAGGAUAUGAUGUCUGCCUGAUCAACAACUUUUACGCCUUUCCUCAGUUCAACAGGAAGUACGGCCAGCGACUCUCAGGUGACGAUUGGGAGGUGCCGGCGCCGUGGCAAGCCGGGCUCAGCAAUGGUGCCAACGUCGGCGAGCUCAUCGGCCUCCUGAUUAACGGGUGGGUGUCAGAGCGCUUCGGAUACCGGUGGACUGUCAUGGUGUGCUUGAUGCUUAUCAGCGCCUGGACCGCCCUGUUUUUCACUGCCCAGAACGUCCAGACACUGUUGGCAGGCGAGAUUUUGUGCGGUAUUCCAUGGGGCGUAUUCCAAACCCUCACCAUCACGUAUGCCUCUGAAGUCUGCCCUGUGGCCAUGCGCGGUUACUUGACCACCUAUGUGAACUUUUGCUGGGGUCUCGGGCAGGUCAUCGGAAUCGGCGUCAUCAUGUCCAUGCUGGAUCGCCAGGACGAGUGGGCUUAUCGGAUCCCUUACGCGCUGCAGUGGAUGUGGCCCCUUCCGCUCGCCAUCGGCAUCUUCUUUGCUCCCGAGUCUCCGUGGUGGCUGGUUCGCAAGGGCAAGCUGGACAAGGCCAAGGCCGCCCUCUUGCGUCUGACCAGCCUGAGUCGGGAUCCUGACUUCAACCUCGACGAGACGGUGGACAUGAUGGUGCACACCACGGCGCUGGAGAAGAAGACAACCAGCGGUGCCAGCUACUGGGACUGCUUCAAGGGUCACGACUUGAGGAGAACAGAGAUUGUCUGCAUGGUCUGGGCCAUCCAGAACCUGAGCGGCAACUCCUUCUCCAACUACUCGACGUACUUUCUGAAGCAGGCCGGACUCCCAUCCAGGAGUGCCUACGGCUUCGCCCUGGGCCAGUACGGGAUUAACAUCGUCGGCGUCUUUGGAGCCUGGUUCCUGAUGAGCCGCGGAAUCGGCCGCCGCUCUCUUUACCUCUACGGUCUGUGCGUGCUGUGUGCCAUGCUUCUGGUUCUCGGCUUUCUGGGCCUUGUCCCCGAGGCUCACCGGAGGGAGGCGUCUAUCGCGACUGGCAGCAUAAUGCUCGGCUGGGCUUUGGCGUACCAGCUAACAGUGGGCACCGUCUGUUACUCGCUGGUCGGCGAGAUCUCAACACGGAGGCUUCAGCUUAAGACGGUGGCGCUCGGGCGCGUCUUAUACAUCAUUGUCGGCAUCAUUUGCGGCGUUCUCACCCCCUACAUGCUGAACCCAGGUGACUGGAAUUGGAGAAACUAUGCAGGCUUUUUCUGGGGCGGCAUCUGCUUCCUCUGCGUCGUCUACACCUACUUCCGCGUGCCUGAGCCGUCGGGCCGCUCGUUCGCCGAGAUGGAUAUGCUUUUCCAGAAGGGGGUCAGCGCACGCAAGUUCGCUACGACGCAGGUGGACGUGUUCGAGGAGGAUGUUGACGCCGACGUUCUGGACAACUACCAGCAGCACACCAAGGUUCAUCGUGUAGAGGAUCCGUAGUCAGCGCGGAGGUAGGAGCACUUUCAUCGCCGCGCCGGUAUGUACACGACGACUACCUGGUAGGUAGACAACAGGCGGGGCCAGCAGGACCAGGCACCGCGGAUGCUCGUUCAACGGAAGUCAUCCGCAACGACAAACCUGUAUGCAGCCAUUAGAAGCGAAACGCAAAAGAGGCACCCACGUUUCCGUGACGCAGGUUCACAUUGAGAGGUACAUGUACAAUCCCCCCCUGUUUUGUUUGCUGGCGUGGCAGUGUACAUGGAGGACUGAGAAGGGUAAAAUCGCUGAUUUAUGAUUGGUGCAGAUCCUUUUUCUUUCUUUCUUUCUUUCUUUCUUUCUUCCUCUUCUUUUUUCUUUUUUUUUUUUUUCUUUUUUUUUUUGUUCCCGCAGGAACGAGCGGGGUGGGAAGUGGGGGGAAGGGAGCAAAACCAUGGUAUCAAACAAACCGCUCUGUACUCCGUGUUGUACUUCGAGAAGAUGGUACGAGCCUGCCUGGGAAUCAGCCCCUGACCUCGUGUGGGAUCACCUGGCCGGACUCGCUCGGCCACCCACCACAUCAGCUGCAGGCAGACCGGUCAGCCACGAAGAUCACCAGUUAGUUAGUAAAUGUUACCCAGUUUUCCUUGAC